AUGUCAAAAGCAAGAAAGAUCGAAGCAUCCAGCAACAGCAACAGCAGCAAUUCACCCACCCACUCCAUUCAUUCGGAGAAGAGAAACAAGUCGAACCGACAACGGUCAUCAUCCUCUCGAACCGAUUCAGCAAGUUCUUCGAUUGAAUCUGAAACUCGUCACGUGGUCAAUGAAAAUCCUCAUAAAUCUCCUCUUGAAUUUUUAUUGAAACGAGGAAGAACAGAAGAUUUUCAAGUUAUUGCUUGCAAUAGUUUUUCACCUUCUUUUGAGUUCUUGGAUUCUGUUUCCGUUCAAGAAAAAUCGAAUAAGAAAAUUCAAUACAUGGAAGGAAUUGAUGCUCAUGGCAUUCGUUCUAAUGUAGAGGCUUAUUCGAUCGAUAUGCAUUGUCGAAAUUUUGAUAUAUUUGCAUCUUGUGAAGGAAGAUAUGUUUUCAUUUGGAAAUUAAAUUCCAAUGGACCUCAACUUGUUCAUACCAUUAAAUUAUGCAAUCAUGAUCAAAGUAUGAAUCUCUAUUGUAUCCGAUGGGGAGUUUGGAAUGAUAAGGAUAUUCUUGCAGUGUGCGGAGAGCCAAAUUUUGUCAUGAUUUAUGAAAUUGAUCUAAUUUCUAGUGAUGAUGGAAAAGUCCAAUAUAUUUCCAACUUGUUGGGAGAAUUGAAAGGACAUGGAAAUUCUGUCUAUUGUCUAGCCUUUCAUCCCGAUAUUGGAAAUGGUUUGAUUCUCACUGGAAGCACCGAUGAUUCCAUACGACUUUGGGAUUUAAAUUUAAAUUUUGAAACCAUUGCCAUCUUUGGAGGUCAUGGAGCUGGAAUUUGUUGUUUAAGUUUUCAUGAGAGUGGAAAUUAUUUUGUGAGUGGAGGAAUGGAUAACACAUGUCGAGUGUAUCAUGUACAAGAUCGAGUGUGGAAGUAUCGAACAUUCAAAACAGAAUUUAAGCAACAAGUUGAAACUUCCAACAAACUCCAUGAGGCUUUCAUGAAUGAACCCUCCAUGAGGAUGAUGAAUGAAACUCAACAACCACAACAACAACCACAAGAAAGAUCAUGGUUGAAUGAAACUCAACAACCACAACAACAGCAAGAGGAAAGAAAUGGGUCUUCCUCGUCUUCCUCCUCCAGUUCUUGUAGGUCUUCUUCAAUUCGAAUUGAACCCAUUUCAGUUCCAAUUUUACAAUCCAAAUGUACCUUUAGUUCUCAUAAGGGUUUUGUUGAUUCAUGUCUAUUUAUGGGAGAUGUGAUUCUCUCAAAAACAUGCACCUCUGAACAAUCCACCAAUGAUCCAGGUGAUUCUGUCAUUGCAUGGGUUCCAGAUAGUGUCUUCUUUGAACAAGAUGAAUCAUCCUUUCAUAUUACCUCUGAGGAAGAUGAAGUUUCUAUUGUCCAUCGAUUUAAAGGAAACUCAUGCACGUAUUGGUGGUUGAAAAUGGCACUCAGUGAUCGAUAUUUGGCACGUCCUCUCCAACAUGGCACUGUUGAAAUCUUUGACCUUACUCAUGUGGGGAGAGCAUUCUUUACAUGUCCUGUGAUGCGUCUUGUGCAUCCUUCGAAUGACUCGGAAGAACAACUCAUUCGAGAAUGUGUGUUUUCGAGAGGUGGCAAGUAUUUGUUGGUCUUGCAACAAUCGGGACGUAUCACAAGAUGGGCUGUGAAGUAG